UAGAAUAUUCUAAGAAUCUUGGCGUUUGUAACCAACGUUUGACAGUAAUGUAUGUGUAUACAUGCGUUCAUACAUGCAUAUAUAUGUACAUACAAAGUCACUUUUUAGUGUAAAUCUGGGAAUAUAAAUGGAAAUUCGAGGACUGAUGACAGGUGGGAAAACCAACAUGUGCAUUUAUUUGAAAUCAUUACGCCUGCAGAAAUGAGGAUGAAAAGCAACAUCUGUUAUGCUAAUAGUCGAUCUAUCAGUCGGACGAGGUGGGACAAUUGUUAAUCCGUCGAAGAGCUCAUCGACAUUUCGUCGCACCGACCAACUCUCGAGUCACUGGAAAAAGUUCUCGGAUAGAGCAUCAUCGCAUAUUGGAGAAAAUAUUGGUUAGGAGAAUAGCAGAUAGGAAAUGAUAAAAAUGAAGAAAGAGAAAGUUAAGGAAAUGAGAAAGAAAAAUAGUCUUGGAUUGUUGGUGUUUGUUCAAUGCCUUGUAAAUUGCCUUGGAUCGUACAAUGGCUGGAAUACAGAAUCUUUUCCACAACCUUUGUGCCCCAGUCUCUUUCCACAUGUUUUCACCAGUUAUACUCCACGAGGCAAUUUAACAUACGGUAUAUUCACAAAAAAGCCCUACGUUAUAGGAAUAAAAGACUGUGUCGAUACAUGUUGUUCAGAGGCCAAUUGUCACGUAGCGUUGAUGCAUAAUAAUACUUGUUAUCAUGUGCAAUGUCGGAGCUCCAAAAUGUGUACACCCCUUUAUCGAGCAGAAUUAUCAAGCCUGACUGAUCCCCCGAGCAUGGUAUUAGUGAAACCCGUUGAAGAUGAUGAAGAUAUAAAUUGGAGUGAUUUACUCGAUGAAAUGAAUUCGUCGCCACUAUUGAUUCAAUCUCCUGCCAGGGAUCACAUUAUAUUUCGUUCAGUAACAUGUCUAGACAGAACGGAAUGUCAAGAGAAUGAAGUUUGUGUAAAGCAUGAAAAAAAUGAUGAUGGCAUUUGUGAAUGUGCAAUAGGAUUCAAACGAAAUAUUGCCGACAUUUGCAGCAAUGAUGAAUCAAUGGUGGAUUCAAUAAAUCCAGUGGAUUUGUCAGUAAAUGUUGAACAUCCAUCGAUGUUAAAAGUAUCAUCAUCAUUAAUGCCCGAGGAAACAAAACCACCACUUAAACAAUUAAUAGUUUCUGCUGUUUCCAAAGAAGUUCGUUUACCUGAAAAUGCAGUAACACUAUCGGCAUUUACUGUACCUGCUGAACAGGGUAAUGAACAUUAUAAUUAUGCAUGGAGUCUGUUAAGUCAACCUCAAGGCCAUACCGGAACUAUGAUAGACCAGAAUAGAUCGACAGUUAAGCUUAGUAAUUUAUCAGAGGGUUUGUACAGAUUUUUAGUGACAGUAAAUAGUCCAACAGCCUAUGGAAAAGCUUAUGCUAAUGUGAGUGUUCUCCCACCCAAGAGAGUUAAUCAGCCACCAAUAGCCAUUGUUUCACCGGCCUCUCAGAUUGUCAAAUUACCAAAUACCGGUGCUGUUCUCGAUGCAUCAGCAAGUAAAGAUGACGACAAAAUAAUAUCUUAUCAUUGGGAGCUUCAGCAGGGACCAAUAGGCUAUCAAGCAAAUCUAGUCGAUACACCUACAUUGCAACUUGACAAUUUAAUAGCUGGUAAUUACACAUUUAAAUUGACUGUUGAGGAUUCUGAUAACAUUGCCAAUUCAACAUUUGCCAAUAUCACGGUACUUAAAGUCACCGAUUAUCCUCCAAGUGCAAAUGCUGGUCAAGACAUAAUAAUUUAUCUACCUCAAAAUACAUUAACACUAAAUGGAAAUUUAAGUACUGAUGACAGAGGAAUAGCAAAUUGGGAGUGGACAAAAAGUCCAUCGGAUCAGAAUAAAGCUGUUGAUAUGCAAAAUACGAGAACUCCAUACUUGCAAUUGUCAAAUCUUGAGGAGGGCAUGUAUACAUUUGUUCUCAAAGUCACCGAUGAUUCUGAACAAUCAUCUACCGCUGAAGUUCAUGUUUUUGUCAAGCCACCUACAAAUAAACCCCCAAAAGCUGAUGCUGGUGAAGAUAUAACGAUUGCCCUGCCUGAGACUCAAGUAUUAUUGAAUGGUAGCAAGAGUAUGGAUGAUAUUAAAAUAGUCUCCUAUCAUUGGCAACAACUCAAUGGUCCUAGUAGAGUGCUAUUUUUAGCUGCCAAUGAGUCUAUAACAAAUGUCACCAAAUUAACAAAAGGAGAUUAUAAUUUUAAAUUGACUGUUAUUGAUGACAAUGGUAAUAAAGACUCGGAUAUUGUUAAAGUCAGAGUAACGCAAAAUAAAAAUGCACCGCCAAAGGCAAAUGCCGGUGGUGAUCAAGUUAUUGUGGCACCCAUUAAUGCUUUAAUUAUCAAUGGAUCACAAUCGACUGAUGAUUUAAUGAUUGGAAAGUGGCACUGGACGCGGGAUCCAACGAGUUUAGCCAUUGGAAAUAUUAUCGAAGGCACUGAUGAUUCACCAGUUCUCAUGAUCACAGGCAUCCUACCAGGUCGCUAUGUAUUCAAGUUAAAAGUCACUGAUGACGAUGGUUUAUUCUCCGAAGAUACUGCUUCAGUUAUUGUAAAACCAGAUCCUCAACUUAUUCAUCUCGUAGAAUUGACAUUGAACAUUGAGGCUCACUCAUUGACUGAAUCCCAGAAGGAUUCUCUAGUAUUGAAGCUACAAAUGCUGUUGACAGAUGAAGCUGUCAUUGUAAUAAGAGAUGUCAAAGCAGAACAGCGAACUGGACGUGCUCGAUUGGUCUUUUAUGUUCAAGAAAAAGGCAAGAAAAUUUGGAUACCAGGAGUUGAAGUUGUACAGCGGUUGAAAGAGAAAUUGUGGCAAGAUUCGGGACUACUUCAAUUGUCUGUUGCAUCAAUUGAUACUGCUAUUUGUCAGAAUAAUUGUUCGGGGCAUGGAGUAUGUGAUGAAGAAUCCAGACAGUGCCUUUGUCAGGCUUUUUGGAUGCAAAAUCUUAUCCAAAAGUAUUUUGGAAAUGGCGAAUCCAACUGCGAUUGGAGUAUUCUCUACGUGAUAAUUGCCCUCAUGUCUCUGAUGGUCUGCUGGGUAGGCUUAGCCUGGGGAAUCGUAUGCCUGUGCCAUCGAAUUUGCAUGGGUAAACGACAUUCACGACCAAAAAAGAAGCCAGCACGUUACUCACUUCUGCAACCAGAGCCAGAGGAUGAUGGCAGUGCAUACGGUCUUCUUCCAGUUUCCACCCACAAAAUGGUAUUAUCAGAAUCUGAUACCGACUCUGACGAUGUAUUAUUUGAACACCGAAAGAACAAAAAUAAUGGUAAUAUACACAUAAGAAAUGGAAAGAGUCGAAAUGGUUUUAUCAAAAGUGGCUCAUCCAGAAUUAAAACAUGAGAAUUAUUCAAAUGGUUAAUUACCUGAAUGAUGAUACGCACAUUUUGCGCGUUGAAUAAGCCAAAAGAAUCACAACUACUAGUCAGUCAAUGGAUGAUAUAAGACUACUCGUGACAGCAUGAUGGAAUCGUGAUAAACACACAAUGGCUACUUAUGCAUAAUUAUUUAAUGCAAGAAAAUACAGAAAAACAAAACUCAAGUCUACAAUAAUUGUCAGUUGUAAGGCCAUAAUUUUUGGUGUAAUUCAUCGUAUAAUUUUGUCGCAUAAUAUUCUGGGGUAUGAGUAUUUUAUCAGAUAUUUUGUGUAUUUCCAAAAAGCACAUAAUUGUGUGUAUUUGUGAUGAAAACAAAGCCUAAAAAAUAAUGUGCCCUUACAUAAUAUCUUGAGAAGAGGGAUUCACAGCUAAAUUUGUUCCAGGUGUUGGAAUUGAUUGAGUAAUAUUAAGAAGAUACGAGAUUGUAUAUUUAUAAAAAUAUGACUUUGACAAUUGUACAAUAGUAUCGAUUAUUAAUGAGGCCAAUGUUUAGUGACGCUUAUGUGACGAGAGGUACAUUUUCACUGAUGCAAGUAAUUAAUUUUCAAAAAAGUUAAGUUUCUAGUCAGAAAAACGUGAUUUUUUUUUUACAUGUUGAUUUUCAUCCAAAUAUUCACUGUAGGGUGUAUAAGACGAUAAUUUUGGAACACGAAAUGAAAGGACUGCCUUUUCAUAAUAAUCCGACACCAACUCAAUAUUAUUAAUCACGGUUGUCAGUAGAUGGGCCCUCUCGACAAUUGCACCUGAUAAAAAUUAAGGAAAAUAACAAUCAAAUAAUGUUAAUCAUUUAAAGAUUAACUUAAUUUGGGAGAAUUUUUGUUUCAUAUUAAGUAAUUACCGGCAUUCUCAACGGCGAAACUUGUGAAAUGCACGUGGAGGUGGUAAAAAGUUGGCUGAUAAUGAAAGAAGAUUUUCAAUUGUGACCUUGGUAUUUUGUAUUGCUCCUCAAUGGCCUUGCAAGCACUUUCUUUGAUAUUCUUCAGUAAUGGCAGAUGAGUCUCAUUCAAUUCUCUGAUUGAACGUAUUCUUUGUCUCGUUAUUGCUAAUAAAUACAGCGUUUGAAUUUGA